AUGCUCUGGCCUUCUGCUUUGUGUCCAGACUCUUCCGGGCCUACACCAGGCACUUCCUCCCCAGCCAUGGCCCCUCGGUCUCGGGCUGGGGGCCCCGAUGUGGGACCCUCCAGGCCAGCUCUGAGUACCCGGCUACGGCCUUCAGCUGAGGCCCCCAGAAAAUCAGGGAGCAGCGCAGCAGAGCACAGUACCACAGAGCCGAGCCCAGCUGCCAGGAGGCGGCCCAGCGCUGUUGGGGGGCUCCAGAGACCAGGCUCGCGGCCCCUGGGCUCCAGCACCUCUCCUUUGUCCUCCCCAGUCCGCUCUGGGGCCUCACCCCGUGGGACACCCCAGGCUCCUGCACAUCCCUUGAAGCCCAAGUCAAAAGGGCCGCAGGCUUUGCGGCCCCAGCAAACCACAGCCUCACGGAAGGACGCAGCCCCAGCGCAGAGCCAGCUUUCUCCUCCUCUUUUGGCCAUACCCUCUCCACCGGGUCCGGUAGCACGACAGGCACCUUCUCCCCAUGUCACAUCCUCUCCUUUGCCGGCCACGCCCCCUCCGCCCUCCACACUCUAUCUUCAGGCUCCACCGCUGUCACAGGACCUUACCUGUCCUUUGGACACGUCCCUUGCUCUAGCCCGGGCUUCUCUUUCUGCUCCACUCUAUCCGCAGACACCCGCCUCUCUGCCAGCCACGCCCCCUUUGCAAACUCCACCCACACACUUGGAUACACUCAUUCAGGAGGCAUCUGUCUCUCCCCUGACCACAGCCGCCUUUUUGACUCCAUUCUAUCCAUUAGUUUCACCUCCUCUGCAGAGCAUGUCCCCUACCCAGGAUCCACCAACUGUGCCCUCUCUUCCGAUUCUCCCAUCUCCUGUGGCCACACCUCCUCUGUCAGCUCCUCUACCACCCGUCACGCCUCCUUUACUAGCGUCUCUUUCUCCCGAAACUUCUCUGCUAAAUCCCCUCUCUCCCACUCUGCCAGCCCUUUCUGCUCCGGCCACGCCCAUUCCUCAGGCCAGUCCUUCCCUGUCUCCUCCCCUCCCCAAGACCACGCCCCCCACAGUGGCCACGUCUCCCUCACAGGACCUUCCCCUUCUGGCCACAUCCCCUCCAGAGGCCUCUUCUCCUUUGUCCACACUGUCUCUGCAGGGACCUCUAGUUUCUCCCUCUCUCUUGGCCUCACUGAAGGCCCCUCCUCCUCGAGCCACCCCCUGCACGCAGGCUCUACCUUCUCUGACCACGCCCCCCGAGCAGGCCCCUCCCACUCCCGGAUCCUCGUCCUCUUUGCAGUCCUCUCUUUCUUUGGGCUCACCUUCUCGCCAGGCCACACUUUCUUUCCUGCCAACGCCCACUGUGCAAAUCCAUCCUUCUCUGAUCUCGCUCCCUCUGCCGGCUUCUCCUCCUCCUGUCUCCCCCACUCUGCAUGCCCCCUCUUUUCUGACCAUGCCCCUUCUGCAGGCUCCUCCUUCUCCCCCUGCCUUUCCUCUGCUGCAGGCCCCCAGGUCUCCUUUGGCCACGCCCACUUCACAGGCCCAAUCUGCUCUGGCAUUGCCUUCUCUGCAAGCCCCGCCCUGUUCCCUGGCCACGUCCAUUCCACAAGCUCCACCUUUUCUGGACUUACCUUCUCUGCAGGCCCCUUCCUCUCCCCCUGCUUCACCUCUGCAGGCCCUUCACUCUCCUUUUGCCUCACCAUCUCAGUCUCCUUUGGCCUUUCCCUCUCUGCAGUCCCCGCCCUCUCCGCUGACUACACCCCCUCUACAAGCUCCACCUUCUCUGGCCUUGUCUUCUCUGCAGGCUCCUUCCUCUCCUGUCUUACCUCCUCUGCAGGUCCUUCUCUCUCCUUCUGUCUCCCCUUCUCAGUCUCCUUUGGCCACGCCUCCUCCACAGAGCCCACCUGCUCUGGCCUUGCCUUCGCUACAGGCUCCGCCCACUCAUCUGGCCACGCCCCCUCACCAGCCUAUACCUUCUCUGGCUUUUCCCCCUCUGCAGGCCCAUCACUCUCCCCCUGCCUCACCCCCUCUGCAGGCCCCACACCGUCCCCCGACUCCGGGUCCGGAUGCCUCCAUUUCGGGUCCACGGCUGACCCUGGCCCUGGCCCCAGCCCCGCCGCCGCCCCCCUCGCGCAGCCCGUCUAGUACGUUGAGCGGACCGGAUCUGGCUGGUCACAGCAGCAGCGCCACUAGCACCCCCGAAGAACUGCGCGGCUACGACAGCGGGCCCGAGGGCGGUGUCGCGGCCUCCCCGCCUGCUGACGCGGAGCUCGCGGCUUGCCACCCGGCCGCCUGGAGUCGAGGUCCAGCUCCGCCUCUGGCCCUCCGAAGCGCCCCAGGAGCGUCCUUGCCGUGGCCUCCUGCUUCCGGGCCAGGCUCUGCUGACGGCCUGUGCACCAUCUAUGAGGCUGAAGGGCCCGAGUCGGCGACCACUGCCCCAGGAGCUCUGGAUCCAGGGCCUGUGCCCAGCUCGGUCGGUGUGAAGGCAGUGGCUGGGGCGGAGGCGGGAGCCGGGGCUUCCUCGCGGAGCCCGAAGUCGGCCCGCCUGGGCGAGCUGCCGCUGGGGGCGCUGCAGGCGAGUGUCGUUCAGCACCUGCUGAGCCGGACGCUACUACUGGCUGCCGCGGAGGGCCCUUCGGGAGGCAGCGGUGGUGGCCCUGGGGGAUCGGGGAGUGGUGGCGUCACAGGGAACGUCCGGGCUGCUCUCAGCGACGCCGAACUGGGCCGCUGGGCCGAACUACUGUCUCCCCUGGACGAGUCCCGUGCCAGCAUCACCUCAGUCACCAGCUUCUCCCCAGACGACGUGGCCUCCCCACAGGGUGACUGGACUGUAGUGGAGGUGGAGACCUUCCACUGAGCCAACUCUAGUCCCGCCUACUACACCCUGCCCCUGCCUUGGGAUUCGCCCCUCCGGCUACACCUCUUUGUCCCCACUGCCACGAAGCUCUCGGUGGAUUGGUCUUAGUUCCCAAGAGUCUGGGUUGUUUGGCCCAGAAUCCGCCCUUGCCUUUGGCCAAAGAGGCUCGAGACCCAUACCUUUGGCCUAGGCCCUUUCCUCGAGCCCCCCUCCCCCCCGUUUGGUCUACACGCUCCUACUCCUCUUGAGUCUGGCCCCGUUUCCCCCGUCUAGGCCCUGCCCUGUAUACAGCGUAUUGUCCACCCCGCGCAGCCCGAGUUUGCAAUGAAAUCGAUACAGUGGAA